AAUAACGCUUUGGAAAAUGUUGUAGAAUUCCAAUCAGAAUCGGGAGAGAUAUCCAGUACUCAUAUUACAAAUGUAUCUAUUUAUGAACAUCACAACAUAAUUGAGAAUAGAAAAAUAGAUCUGAAACAUGAUAUGAUAACAUUUGAAAAGUUAGUAAAAAUUAUAAAUGAUAAUAUAGAAAACGAUAGACUUUAUGAAGAAUAUAGAGUUCUUGUACAUCCCUUAAUUGCUGAAGUUAAUUCGUGUCAAGAGGUUCUUAAUGCAAAAACACAGCAAACAUCAUGGACGAACAAGAAUGGAAAAUUAGCUUUUUGGUUACAAUAA